AUGCAUACUAGCUUCAUCCUCAACACCCUAGUCACUCUGGGCGCCGCUACGGCUGUGUCCGCGUCCGCGAUAGCCCCUCGAGCUAAUCGCAAGGCCAACGAAUUCUCGAGCGGCAACUGCGCCCAGGGAACUGCCUCGUACGAGCACGAGAGCAACUUCAACGUCGACGUCACGAUGGACGACACCAGCCACUCCGUCUACUUUGCCUCGGGGCCGUGGUUUUACUACGGCGGCAAGACCGGGAAUGGCGGCUCGUGCACCGGGGACCUGCUCGGGAGCUGGGCGAACGACGAGAAGAACCCGUGCGUGAACCUGGACAGAAGGGGUGACGACGGGCGUCGUAUCAAGUGUGUCAGGUGGAACAACGGUAGUUAG